ACCGAAGCCCACACGAUUGUAUUCAACAACACAUAAUGUACCUCUAAAUUCUUAAGGGUUUUCUACCAUACCUCCACCUUUUUCUGUAGAAACUAAAUGAAAUUCAAAUUAUACAAAACGCCAUCUAUCGCACCAGAAUGGAAAUGUUCAACCAACUGAAGGAUGAAAGCCAGAAAAUGCUUCAAGAGCUGAGGAAAUGGACAGCAGAUUCGGGGGCCGAGUUGGCGGCCGUGUACGGAAACAUGAAGAAGACAGGCAAGAACAGCGUCGACGGCAUCGUGCAGUGGAUGAAGGAUGUAAAACUGAUCUCCUCAAAAGAAACCGAGGAUAAAGUCCGAGCAGAACUCGACAAGGCGCCAGAUAAGAAAGACGUCGGCUUCCAGCAGUUCCGGAACACAGUAUUCCAGCUGGUGGAGGACCAGAAGAAGGCGUUGGAGGGGGUGGGGGCAGCGGUGAAGGAGCAGGGGGGGAGGCUGGCGGCGGCGUUCACGGCGGGGACGAGCGCUGUGCAGGAGGCGCUGAGCAAGGAUGCCAAGACGACAGGGAAAUAGCGCUUAAUAGAAUAGUUCAAAAACUUCCACGGAUCAUUAAAUAUAGUAAGAAUAGAGUGCUCACUCCAUACAUCAGUUUUGGUACCAAAAUGACUAUUAUUUUCGCAGUCGACAUCUAGCAUCGAUUAGCGGAAUUAAUAGUACCGCUACUUGAUACUAGAAUUCUCUAGUGUCGCCACUCACGAAAGUUGUAGGUAUUGAACAACAAAUUACAACUAAUAUUAAAAGGAGAAGGAUUUGAAAAUAGAGUUCCGGUUCAUCCGGUUAUAAUAUUAGCUGAAAAUCGUUGAGCAUUAGACUUUUCGGUCCCUUUGUUUCCCAUAAAUUCUUGUCAUAAUGUAUUGUUUGUCAUAUUAUCAUUAGUGCUAAAACUGAAACCGUUAACUAUUCAGGGUUUUCAUAAGGUUCAUCCUAUAGAUAGGUUAGAUUAGGUUUGUUUUAUGGCAAUCCUGAAAAGUUACGCGCUUCUAAACCAAACAGAUUAUGACUAACGAAAAUGCGGACAAACAAUACAUAUGACUUAAAACUUUUUGGGAAACAAUAAUAGAGACCCGAUGAAUGACGCUCAAGAUACUGAAAACUACCUAUUCAUAUAUCAUAUCAUACGAUGGAAAGGAAGCAUUGGAAGCAUAUUAAGUAAAGGAGAAUAAGACAAACAAAAACUAACGAAGCGCUCUAAGAAGCCAAAAAUAAAACUGUGCAGGAAGGAUAACAAUAGGUUUAUAAGAUUAAUAAGACAGGCACAUGGUAACGUAUGUGUUGAUGAAAUAUAAACCGUACCUAUAACUACACCUACAUUUUUUACAAUUGAUUGUAAUUAUUGUACAUACAUAAAUAAAGGGCUAAGAAUCA